AUGUCCUCCCUUCGAAAUGGAACUGUCGUUAGGGAUCCGUCAGAUGCAGAGCCGCGGACUUCAAAAUACUUUUGCGAUGCGGCUGCCGAUGUUGUCUUCCAAUCAUCAGAUGGAGUCUUGUUCCGCGUCUACCGAUCCCGCCUUGAGGCGAACACAGGAGGAUUUGCUCCUGCCAAAAUUCCUACCCUUGAUGAAGUCGUUGUACUCUCUGAGCCAGCGGAGGUUCUGGAACUCCUCUUUCAAUUCGCCCAUCCAUCACGCCAACCAUCCGUUCUGAAUCUUGAAUUCGAUCUGCUCUUAGCUUUGGCGGAGGCGGCGGAGAAAUAUGAGGUAUACGCUGCGAUGAAUAUAUGUAACAUGCGAAUGCAUUUCAUAGUCGAGCAGAAGCCUAUGGAUAUUUUGAACUAUGCUUUAAAACAUGGCUAUCCCGACAUUGCUAACAAAGCAGCUCCCUUCACAAUUUCCGCCCAGUCAGCGUUGACGCUUGCUGUUGAAAUUCUCACAUUCCCUGGAGCUUUGGUGGCCUGGAUCAAAUACUACGCACAAUGGGAUCGAUUCGCGAAGGAUUCUUUGGAUCUCAUUCCGAGAAGCCCCCAGCAUAGUUCUCACAGCAACGCUUGGGCUUUGAUCACAGCCCGACACAUCCGUAAAGUUGUCCUCGACCCCAGAUGUUUUCAGAUCGAUCCAGUGACAAGUUCCAGUGAAGCCCGCGGAUGCUCUGACUGCCAAUACUAUCUUAGAAUAUUGAACGAAACGUUGACUGAACGUCAUCAAAAGAUUCCUAAAUUCACAGACAUUUUGUAGCCAAUCUAUCUUCUUCAUUUU